AUGGCUGAACUUCGCAGUCGCUCGUUUUCUGACGUGGUCACUACUUCUGAUAGCCGUGCUAGUCGCGGUAGGGAGGAUUCAAUUUGUUUGGAAAAUGGUACUAUCAUAUGUGUCUCCGUUCAAGACAUAAUAACGAAUGAGAAGAACAGGUACCGCUUCCACCGGGCCGUGGUUUGUCACGGUUUACCAUUCACAACAAUGGAGUUGAAGAUUCCUGAAAAACUUGACAAUGAUCAAUAUGAUACAGCGAAAUGGGUUGUGGACCCGACGAAACUAAACCCGAAAUGCUACACCCCGGUGAUAGUAGGUAAGGAAUUUUCUUAG